UUUGCUGCACAUUUUCACACUUGCAAAGUCGUCUUCGUUGCACACAGCUGGAUAGAGAAGCUCUCGUCUAGAAUUUACUGAUUUUUGAGCAAAUUAUUAUUAAUUGCUGCAAAGAUGUUUUGUGUGCCUUGCAGAAAAAAAAAGAAAAAAUGUCAAACUGGUGUGGAAGUUGGAGACACAAGGUGCUUCAGCCCACGGAGGAGUGUCAAAGUUGAGGAAGACCCAAAACAGGGAACAGUGGUCCCUGACCCUCCGACAAACACUGCCACCACAGUUACAGCCACAGCUGACGCUCAAAAGGGAAAAGUUAAGAAGAUUUCCUGGUGGUGCAGGUUCUUCUCUUUUAAGAAGAAAACCAAACAGCAGAUUCCUGUGAAAGCGGAUGUGUCAGAAGACACAAAUCUGCCAUCUUCUGACACAGAACAAAGUGUCAGUAUCAUUCAGGAAUCCAAGGUGGGUGAAUGCGGCGAAUCUCAGGAGGAAUCACCCUCCCCUGACACUCCAGUCUCAGCUGCAUCCGAGCUGCAACUGGUGCGUGAAGAUGUUGCAGCAGACACAACCCUGCCACCUUCUGCCACUGAAAAAAGCGUCGUCCAGGAGUCUGAGGGUGCUGAAGCUGGUGUCCUGGAGACACCCACCCCUGACACACAGAACGCAGACGUGGCAGAAGACACACACCUGUCGUCUUCUCCAACAGAACACCGUCGUGUUCAACCUCCUCACUGCAUCAACCUCCUCACUGAUGGACCUGAGUUCAGGCUUUGCUCCGUCCCACCUGGUCACGGUGGGAGUGUCAAGGCAGAAAUAUAUGAACAUCCCUCACAGCCGCUUACCUCAGCAAGCGCAAGAAGCGUUUCCAGAGAGGAGCUAGUCUGCCUUGGGUUACCCAACCUGGCGCAGACUUGUUACAUGAACUCCACCCUGCAGGGCCUCCUGACCCUGACUGGUUUCAUUCAGGAGGUCCACAACCAGCAGAUGGUGUGGAGUUCUCACCCUGAAUCGCAGUUCAUCAGACAAUUUGUGGAGGUCGGAGUCUGCCGCUUCACUGACAACAAUGCAGAGAAAAAAGGUGUCCUGGCAGCCUUUAAAAUGACUGUAGCUGAGUUUAACUCCGAAUUCGAGGAUGACGAUCAGAAAGACGCCCAUGAGUUCCUCAGUUGUGUCUUGACCAAGCUGAGGACUCUUUCUGACGAUCUGUUGGCAGCAGCGGUCGACAUGGGCAUCAGUUACAUCUGCCCUGUUAAUGCUCACAUCACCUUCCAGAUGUUGGACACCAGGACCUGCAAGGGGUGUGGUGUGCAAUCCACGAGGGUGGAGGAUUAUUUGAACCUCUCCCUUGACCUGGUUCCUGGAGGCUCUGUGAGCCAGUUUCUGCAGGAGUACCUGACAGAGAAUCAGCUGGUGUGUCGGUGUGAGUGUGGUGGCGAGGACUCAUCGCACAAGUAUUCGUUCUUGACCCUGCCAAAGUGAGUCAGGUGUUGGGCUAAAGUUUCCCUCCUUCCUGUCUGUCUUCCUGUGUGAACCUGUGAUCUGAGCCUCUCCUUCCUCUGUCUGUUUUCUGUCAACAGUGUUUUGAUCCUCCAGUUGAAAAGGUUCAGAUUCACCCAGUACUUCACCCUGGAGAAGGAGAACAGUCCUGUCGUUUUAUCAAGGGAGCUGGUGGUGAAUCCUGAGUCCAGUGUCACCGAACAGGUACGAUAUCUUAAUCUUUUAUUAGUUCCAUAACUGGGAAAUUACAGGUAAAGAUGGUGUUCAAUAAAUAAAAGGCAACUUUUACAGUACAA